AUGUAUGUCUCGAGCUCAUGUGAGACAAUUUUACUUAUCGACUCUGGACUGUUUGCCCAAGUAUCACUUAUUAAUACCUUAGGAGUAAUUAUACAAGAAAUGUUGGAUAGUUAUAUCCAAUCUAUAGGUUAUAUCCAAUCAGGUAGGAUUGAUAAAUAUCCAUCAAAUUCAUCUAUG